ACUGGUGUCUAGGUUUUGCUCCAUCGCAAAGGCUUGCAUUGCAUUGCCAUGCAUGCUUGCAGCAGAUUCCUCUUCCUCGGCUUCUCUGUGAUUUGGGAUGCAUAGGAUUGCUCUGCUGCAAGGUAGUAAAAAGAGGUUAUGCAGUUUCAAUAAGGCAUUGACCAAAGAUGUUUGGGGCACGUUGCAUGCGCCUGGUGCUUCGUCGCUGUUCCUCUGCUCCACGUCUUAAGCCUGUUGUGGCUCCCAAGUUACUCCGUGUUCAGGAAGCUCUGGAAGUCCAGGACCCAACUGGGAAUUGCAUUAAAGUUCAGGGUUGGGUCCGUUCUGUCCGUUCACAGAAAGAAGUUCUUUUUAUACACGUCAAUGAUGGCUCCUCUUUGGAAAGCCUCCAAGUAGUUGCAGACCCAAGACUCGAGCCCAGGGAACUGACUUUUGGAAGUUCUGUGGAAGUGCAGGGGAAACUGAUCAAAAGCCCUCACAAAAAGCAGAAUGUGGAGCUGAAAGCGGAAAAUAUUCGUGUCGUGGGACCUUGUGAUGCUGUGGCAUUCCCUGUGAAGUACAAAACACGUCAGUCUCUAGAAUACCUCAGGCAGUUCCCCCAUAUGCGAUGCCGAAGUAAUUCUCUGGGUGCCCUUCUGAGGAUACGCAGCGAAGCUACUGGAGCGAUCCACUCCUUUUUCAAGGAUCAUGGAUACACGCAUAUUCAUACGCCAAUAAUUACCUCAAAUGAUUGUGAAGGCGCUGGCGAAAUCUUUCAAGUAGAGCCCCCAAAGGAAGCUGGAGAAUCUGGAGAAAACCCUUAUUUUUUCAAUGUUCCUGCAUUUCUCACAGUCUCGGGGCAACUCCACUUGGAAGUGAUGGCUGGGGCAUUUACCAAAGUAUAUACUUUUGGUCCAACCUUCCGAGCAGACAAUUCGCAAAGUCGUAAGCACUUGGCAGAAUUUUACAUGGUGGAGGCAGAGCUGGCCUUUGUUGAAAGCCUACAGGAUAUCAUGCAGGUUAUGGAAGACCUUUUCAAGAGAGUGACAGACAUGGUUCUCUCCAAAUGCCCUCGGGAUGUUGAACUUUUUCAUAAACACAUAGCCCCUGGACAAGAGGCCAAAUUAGAAAAGAUGCUGAAUAAUCAAUUUAUAACAAUGCCAUACACUGAAGCCAUAGAAGUUUUAAAACAAGCUCGUGAAGUCUUCACUUACAAACCAGAGUGGGGUCACGAUCUCCAAAGUGAACACGAGAGAUACUUGGUGAAACACUGUGGUGAAAUCCCUGUAUUUAUUUUUAACUACCCUUAUGACCUUAAACCAUUCUAUAUGCGGGACAAUGAAGAUAGUGUCCAUCACACGGUUGCAGCCGUUGAUCUUCUGGUAUCAGGAGUUGGGGAACUUUGCGGAGGCAGCUUGAGAGAAGACCGACUGGAUUUUCUUCAGUCCCGCCUACAGAGGUUGGGACUUGAAGACACCUAUCAAUGGUAUCUAGAGCUGCGUCAGUUUGGAUCAACACCUCAUGGAGGAUUUGGAAUGGGGUUUGAGCGUUACCUCCGGUGCAUCUUGGGAGUUGAAAACAUCAAAGAUGUCAUCCCAUUCCCACGAUUUCCCCAUUCAUGCAUCUUGUAGUACAUUCUCUUGUCUCCUGAGGAUGUGACUCUGCUGUGUUACUUUUUUAAAAAAGUCAAGACAUGGUUGGAUGGCAGAAAUACUGCACCAUUGGGAAGACGAUCAGAUUCUCCCCAUUCCAUGUUUCAGGAUUGGAUAAUGUUGCGCUCAGCUUUGUUCAGAUUGACUGAAGGUUUGAAGCUGGGACUAAUUUUGUAUUAUAUUCAUGUACAAAGUUUUCAACACCUGCAGAGAUCUUUGUUCCCUUUGAAAAUCAUCUGGCCAAAUCCUGGCCAUAAUUACAAUCAAUAAACUUCCCUGGAAAUUUA